AUGGUCUGCGAUUCUGAUAAUAAAGUUCGGCAGAAGCUGAAGAUUUACUUCAAGAGAUGCACUGGAAUACUUCCUUAUUCUAUGGUUUCUCUUGACUCAUCUAGGAUUGUAGUUUUAUUUUUCGCAUCCAGUGGCUUAGCUUUUUUAGAUGCAUUGGACAUUGUGGAUAGAAAUGAAAUCAUAGAGUUCGUGUACUCUCACCAAAUAUUGUCCUCUGACUUCCAAGAUAAGAAAGGUGGAUUCAGAGGUUCAAAUCUCAUCGGUUGUUCUUCAGAUCCUGAGGAAGCUAAAUUGGACCGUUCAAAGUAUGAUGGAAGCCACGUAACAAUGGUUUAUUCAGCUCUUUCCACGUUGUUGUUACUUGGUGAUAACUUAUCUCGUGUAGACAGACGUGGAACUCUGGCUGGAUUAUCGGCUAUGCAGUGUUCGGAUGAACCUGGGUUGUUCAAAGCAGGAGAUAUAUGCGGGGAACGUGAUAUGCGUUUCGUCUUUUCUGCAGUUGCCAGCUGUUAUAUUUUAGAUGGACUAGAUUCUAUCAAUUGUGAAGAUGUUGCUGAUUUCAUCGCAAAAUGCCAGACUUACCAAGGUGGAUUCGCCAAUUUACCGUAUUUGGAAGCACAUGCUGGAGCUACUUACUGUGCAGUAGCCAGUUUGUCUCUUAUCGAUAAGUUAGAAUCAGUUAUUCCUGCUGGAUCCAAGUCACGCAAUUUAUUAAUUAAAUGGCUACUGAAUUUACAAGAAGAAGGAUUUCAUGGGCGUGUUGGUAAACCAGAUGACACAUGUUACACAUUUUGGGUCUGUGCUAGUCUUAAAAUAUUAAACUGUCACCAUCUCGUCGAUAAGAACUCAGCUGUUCGUUUUGUAACAAGAUGUUGGAAUGAUGUUAUUGGGGCCUUUACAAAGACUCCUGACCAGUUUUGUACCCCAGAUCCACUACAUACUUACCUUUCUCUUUCUGGCUUAUCAUGUUUAUGUGCAAGUGACAAUUCAACAACUGGACACGAUGUAAAAUCAAUAGAUUCCGAAUCAUACGUGUAUCGUAACCUACAAGAGUUACUAAAUUCAGGCGAACUUCUUACUGUUUAUCCAGAGUUAAAUAUUCCCGAAAAAUAUCAUCAGCGUCUGAAACAGAUUCAUCUUCAGUGGAGUAAAAAAGAAGCACAUCACUUGUAA